CUCGAACAUAGUCGAGUAUAGACGAACGAGAUUGAGAACUACAUAUGGCUGCUCUCUUGUAAAAUUGUUUCAAGGAGUUGUCUGGACAACACCUUAGCGGUUAUCUGCGAUAUAGUUCGGAAUUAUCCGACCUUUUCGCACGAUGCCUAGUGUUAAAGACGAGUCUGAAGGAGAAGCGGAAGAGAUGUCGCAUGAUAGCAAUGAUAGUAAUCAAAGUUCAGCAUCCUGCGACAGCAGUGCUGAACAUAGUGAUAGCGAUGAUUCUUCGGAGAUGGAUGAAGACGAAUGCGAACGACGUCGGACCGAAUGUAUGGAAAAUUUGGUCGAUCUUGAAAGACAGUUUACUCUACUGAAGGAGCAAUUAUACCGAGAGAGAAUAACCCAAGUGGACACAAAGUUGGGUGAAGUUCGUGUUGGGAAAUCAGAAGAAUACUUAAUACCAUUAGAGCGCCUUAAAGAAAAUAUGAAGACGAAGAUGGAGGUAGCUGGAGUAUUAAAAAAGCUUAGAAUACAAAAUAUACAGAACAAGUUCUUAGCUGAGGAACAGGCAGCUUUACAAAAUUUUCAAAGUGAGAAAGAACUCGUAUGGGACUAUAUUCAUAGUGACUUACAAGAAAAAAUACGAAGACUCGAAGAGGAUCGAAACAAUGUUGACAUUCAUGCUGAUUUAUGGCUUAAUUCUAGUGGACGUAGACGUAGAAAUCUUACAGAGAGGCGUCGGGCUGUUUCCGUAGCCGGCCCAUACAUAGUUUACAUGUUGAAUGACGCAGAGAUCCUGGAAGAUUGGGCUGUUAUAAAGAAAAGUCUAACUAGUCGAAAAACAGAAAUUUUAUAAUCUCAACUUUCAUUGAUACUGAGCUGAUAUGCAUGUUCACGCGAAAACUCCUACAUUAUACGUUAAAACCUUGGUCGAAAGCAGCGUCAUUUAUCAUUAAAAGUGAUUACGUAUGUUUUUGGCUUUAAUAACAACCGUUGUAGAGUCAAGUUUCGCACUCUGUGCCUUCGUUUCCGACGAAAUUUCAUGUGUACGAGAAUAAAAAAUGCUCAUAUGGUUAGAAUGUAUGCAAAGGAUGUAAAAUAAUUAGUAAGUAAGGAUGUUUCAUAUUAAAAAAAAACUAUUCUAAU